AUGAAGGUGAAGUCUUUUCCACGCCUUCGCCCUCACCUACGCCAUGUCCACAUCCCCGACCUGCCGCCCCUCUAUGCACCCAGAUUCAUACCUGCAAAUAUUCGCGACUAUCUCGAGUCCCAGAUUCUACAGCAGCGCCAGACAGCAGAACAGGACUCCGAUGCUGGCGCCUCCCCUGACCCGAACUCGAUACUGAGGGACUACGAGAGCCAGAGGACCUGGCUCAGGAAAGCCAGUCCGCCCCCAACGGUCCUCUCCUUCACACGCCGACCUACCUACAUCUUGCCGAAAUCCAUCCUCGAACCACAAAGCUCAUCAGCGGUGAACCGCGUGACCGAGAGCCUGAGGAACCAGAUUCGCAUCACCUUCCCAGAGCCGCCUGGGUGGCAGUCAACACCAUGGAGGCCUUUGUGGGACAUGGACAAGGAAGAACAGGAGCUGACACACAAUCCACUCGAUCACGAGUGGGAUCCUAGCGUCGCCAUCAUGCCGUGCGCCGAGCCCAUGUUCUUCGGACCUGGUCAGCUGUCCCUCUGGCCUGUCAUCGACGUGCAGGAUCAGAUCCAAGCGACGAGCCCGAUCCUGACCAGGGAUGAGUUCGUGCGUAUUCUUGAGAGAACCACCAUUAAGGUCCUCCGGCGGAACUAUGGCAUUAAAUCUUUUGCCAUUCCUGGAUCCCCGGGCGUCUGGGUGGAAUCGGCCCUUCCAUCAUGCUCAGAGAGGUCAGACUUGAAUGGUCAUUCCAAGAGGACAGCACCACAGAGGAAUGAAAAUAUACGCAGGAUAGCCACAAUCCACGCUGAAAUCGUCAACAACAUCACACGCUUCGGUACUUCCAUCCACGUGGGCCAGCCCUGGCCUGCCGCCGACGCCUCCAAAGAUAUGAAUAACCCUUGGGCUCGCCUGGGACAGGCCGAUAUCACAACCAGCAUUGCCGCGGAGCUGGCGCACAUGAACCCCCGCCCGCAGCUCUUCUGUCUCAAGCAAGAGACCAUCCUCGAGCAGGAUGAGAAUGGGGAAGAAAAGAAGCAGUGGAUGCCGUGGAACAACCUAACGACGUUGUUCAGCGACGAGGCGGUAGACGGCGUAGAAGCUACGCCUUACAGUCAGGUCCUCUUACGGCCCGGUCUGACGCAGCCGGCACCCAUGGGUUUGGACAACCGGGACCUCUCUGCCUCCUGGGCAUGCGCGUUCGCACGCCAGCUUGGCAUGCGUCACGGCGUUGUCGACUACCUCAGUAUUGUGCAGCCCGGCAGUGGGUUGAAGACUAACUUGACCACUAGCGACCGAGACGUCGGAUUUACUUCGAGGGCCGUUGGUGAAGGAUUCUGGCAUAACGCACCAUCUGAUCAGGUGGAAGUCCCCACAAUACAACUGAAAGAAAACGAGCUAGUCAAGCAGCAGAUGAUCCAAGACACAUUGCGCGUGGCAUCCAAAGACUCGCAACUCGUACCUAGCAUUGCAGAACCCAUAGCGGUUUCGUGGCCGAUGUACUACAAAGAGCUGACAAGAAUUCUCGAUUUGUCCAUCAGGGGCAAUUUGUUGGACACACGGCUCAGGCAAUUGGUGCAGGAAGAGCUUGAAGACAUGAAAGUGAAGAAGACAAGGAAGCCGUUGACGGAAAGCAUGACCAUGGUGCAGAGUAUGGCCGAACUCCGGAGACAAAGGGCUGUUCAACUUCCCCGUGCCUAUACGGAUACAAUUGGUGUGCCCGACAUAGCCAUCACUCGUGAAACCUACGCCAUAGCGAGGUACACCCAAGCAACAAACACUCGCUAG